AUGACACCGUUGGAUGUGCUCAUUGUGCGAGAGCGAGUCUUCUCCCUGCUACCAAAUACAACUCUUUCCAAGGUCUCAGCAUGCUCUCGGGCAUUUCGAUAUCACGUUAGGAACUACCACCACUUGAGAGAAAAUACAAAAAUCAGAUUCCGUAUAACCGUAACAGACAGCAAAAGUAAUCCAGGCAGUCCUAUAACGUUGGACAUGGAACUCAAAUGCACUGGACAUCUUUUUUUGGAGCAAACGCCCUUGGUGGUCUUUGAUAAUGUCUCGAACUUUCCACUGCAAGACCUCGAAGACUCUGGCCCAUACCAAGUAAUCUGUAUUGCUUAUGCUUCCAAUCGUGGAGCAUCAGGACAAAUGGACUUGUCGGUCGCGAAAUGCAAGGAUCUUUACAUUGGUGGCAUAUCUGGAAAGGAAUGCUGGCUCUACGGAUCAGGCUUCAAGCUAGAAAUGUCUUGUCAGAGCGCUGGUACUCAGAACGGAAAUAGGAUGAUUAGAACGCACAUCACAAGAGCAUACCUGGACUGCUCGUUUGUUUACGGUUGCUCAACGACCAAUAGCUGCUCAUCGACGGUAGAAAAGAUAUCUCAAGACCUCACAAAUCAACUUGAUUGUUAUGACCGACUCUUCCCAUGUGUACCGUCAUCGAGAUCUCUGAAUAUGUGCUCUCGACGAAUUAGAUCCCCUCCUUUGCCAAGCUCGUCGGGGCUACGAUAUGUGCCUAUAGCACGCGCUGAAAGUAACAAUUUUGGGGCCCAGACAUUCGACUUUAUGUUGGCAAAAUCAGCUGAUGACGCUAGGAUUAUUGAAGUCGCAAGCACGGAUUUGGCCAAAUCGUUAGCAUUUUAUAACGAAACUAGUAUUAGAAAAAUCGAUGUAGCUGUAGCCAAGUCGUUUGCUAAUCAACAAAAGGCGGAAGAGUUGUUGGCAGGCAUGACAUUGUCUCAAAGUAAACGGGAUUCAACAGAGUACCGUAUGAAACAUCGAGUGGUGAAGGAGGUGUUGAGUAAGCCAUUAGCGUCCGCCUUUUUGAAAUGUAGUUCCUUUAGUGGUGACAUUAAUGACGCGAGUACGAUAUAUGGACAUUUGUCGGAACUGUACAAGAGGGCAUCACUAAAUGGACCAUCGCCUCAUCAGCAAAGACCAGGAGACUUGGUCAUAGUUCCAAUCGCCAAGUUCCAAGAUUGGAUAUUCCAUGGGCUCAUGAACAUGGUGUAA